UGUGACAGGAAAAUAAGUUUAGUUUUAUUUAAAUGACUAAACAUUUUUAAAUAUUUAAAAAUAAUUUGUUAGUUCUGUGUUAGGUUAGACGUUUAGAAGCACCAAGAGUCAUGGCAAUGUACUCAAACCAAAGUAGUGAUUGUUGUUUUAUUAUUUACAUACAUUUUCACCAAUUUGUGCUAUAAGAAGACCGAGCUAAAUAAAAAAAAUGAUAAUAUUUUACCCAAUAAAUUAAAGCAUGUGGUAGGGUGAGUAAUGGUACAGAAUUAUUAAAAUCUCUUUCAAACAGUAGAUGGCGGUACUGAGCUGCAGGCGAAUCCGUUUACAGGGGAAGAAAGAAGUCAGCCGUUCAAACAGAGCGGCGCUAUGAACGAACAGGCGUGGAUUCAAACAUUAACUCGAUUUCAGGCUCAGAGUCGUGGUUACGUGACCAGGAAAGGUCUGAGUUUGGUUCGGACACAGUUUGAGGAGAUAGUGCGAGAGAUUGAUGGAGGAUUGGAUCACCUGCAGUGGAGAGGAAACAUCAUUCCUAGACCUCACUUCACUGACUCUGAAAGCCUAUUGCUGCAGUAUGAGCGCUCCAGGUUUGAAUCCCUGGUUGAUUCAGAGCGGGAACAGAAGACUGAGAAUGAGGGCAGUGAGAAAUCUCUCUCACAGUCUGAAAGAGACGAAGCUACUGAAACAGCCAGCAGAAACGCUUCCACACCUUUGGAUGGUAUUGGGGACAAGAAAGGAGAGAAUAUGGUCGUACAAAACCUGAUGGAUGAAUCUACUACACUUUGCAGUACAGUGGAUUCAGAUGUCAGCCAUUGCAGUUUCAUUCAGACAGGGCCAAAUUUGCAUUUAGUUUUUAAAGACACAGCACAUACUCCUGACUCUCUGAAGCAGCAGAGGAGUACUUUAGCCAUGGAGCUGCUGUGGAUCCAGCAAGCCAUCAGUAGCAGAAAGAAAUAUCUUUCUCUAAAACAGAGGAUGGAUGUGCCACACUGAUGCUGGACCGGUUCUGAAGCUGUAGUAGUGUUCUUAUCAUUUAGAGCACAUUUGAGACUAUUUAAGAAUUGUUGUAAAUUAUAUUUAUUUAGAAACUUGAGUAGUUUGUGUUAAUGAGCAUUUUUAUUUUUGUACAAUCGUUGUUUAAGAAAUAAAUAUAAUUGUUUAUAUAAUUAUUAAUUAUAACUAUUUCUUCUGAAUCACAGAAAGCCAUAUUGUUCAGUCCUGUAUGGAGCACAAAGACUCCCAAAACAUACUGUUCAGUCAGUGUAGUAAUGUAUCUACUUGACAUUAUAUUCAGACUGGUAUAAGCACAGAAGAACUGACCUCUUGGUGUUGCCUGGUUUCUUUCAAGGUUUUUUUCCUUCCAUUAUCUAAAUCCAUUGUUUUUCUCGCCUUGCUGGAGCUGCCUUUCUCUUGCACACAGUACUACAUAUAUAGGUUACAUACAAUGUGUUAUGUAUAAGUAGUGUUAAACUAUGAGUGUUUAUGGGUGGUCGAUAUGAUCAAAAGCACAAUUUCAUAUUAUAUAGUUGAUAAUAUAAUCACAGCUGUGUGGUUGUUUAUAUUGUUGUUUUAAUGCAAACUGUUAUUGUGCUGCUGUAUAUGCAAUAUUGGUUAAAUAUAUUACAUAAUUAUAAGUAUACUCAACUUUAUUUAUGCUUUAAUGCAGUAUAUAGCAAAGUGUUCGAUAGUUCAUAUCGGUGUGGCUAUUAUUGCCUAGCUUGAAUCUUCUAAAUCUGACUAAUUUAGAUGUUAGAUAUUAAGGUAUUAUGCACAUGUCUGACAGACAGGAACUGGUCUACGGGGAAGAAAGUUCCUGGGAAAAAAGGUUCUGGGACAAAUUUUUCCAGGUAAUUUCAGUGGAAAAUUGGCUAAAGUCUGAUUUUAAACAGUUGUGAAGAGCUAUAAUAUUAAAAUUAAUUCAAUUUGACAGCAUGCAAUCUACAAAAUACUAUAUGAUAAUUAUAAUGGAAUUACAGGAAUCCAUGUUCAGUUACAUUAGAACAAACUUAAAUGUUGCUGCUUGCCGCUUUUGACUAAACAAUGACUUGUUUUAUGCUUAUUUAUUGCAAAUAAAGGCCGUUUUUCUUCUUUA